AUGGAUCUUUUAAACAAAUUACAAAGUUUGCGCUUAGAGAGCCUGGAUUACGGCUGGGCUAAAGCUGUUUCUCAAAGUGAAUAUCUAGAUUUUGCUGAUUUGCCGCCAGAAUAUGAGGAUGCUAUUGAUUCUUUAGAAUUAGAAACUACUUUUAUGGAUAUAAUAACAACACUGGAUUCGUGGCUGGAGGCUGAAACAGAAGACAAUUCAUGGGCAUAUCUAAGUCAAACAAUUGAUCAUAUGAAGCUGUUAGCACUGAUAGGCUAUUAUAUAGAUUACGGAUGCAAAAAUGUCCGUAUCAGAGAAUAUAGGCUAAAUGCAUUACUAGUAUCUCGAGUUUACUUUAAGCUGUUGAGAAUACCAGGAUAUAAAACAUACAAUAUUUAUCAUUCGCAACUGUUUGUUCAAUCACUGUCAUGCCUCAGCUUUCCAGUGACUAUGAGUGAUGAGGAAACUAAUUAUACUUCAGGGGAACUAACUCGAGAAAUAAACUCUGUUUUAAAUCAUUUGAUUAAGUUAGUAGAUGACUUGAAAUUAAUUAUAGAAGAUUUACAACUAACACCAGAUGAUAUGCAUUUUGAGGAAAUUCUGAGUAAUUGUAUUGAACCUACGGCUUAUAAGUUUGUUACAAAAUUACAUGUUGAUAAGAUAUUAGCAACAAAAAUUUCUGAAAACAGUUACAGCAUAAUAGAUGUUUUGCUAUGUAAAUCGGAAACCAAUCACAAUGAACAAGCUCUUAGGAUACUUUUUAAAUGCAUCCUCCCUAAGCUUAUUGCUGCAUGCAUGGACAAUCGCAGUAUUAAUAAACAACAUAUUCGUCCAGCAUAUUCGACUUACUCAGUUAUCACAAUGGCAAAGUAUGCCCAACCAGCAUUGUCUAGUUACAUAAUUCUUUUAGAACAUCUGUGCUACACUCUAGAUGGUUUGGAAAAAACUGAUGUUCGCGAAAUUCGGGCUGAAUUGGUCGCUGGAAUGGUGACGUUUUUGCCUCGGUCAGCUUAUAAAAAAAUAACAAAAUGGAUACUGCAACUGUCAAAAAACUCGAAAUUACCACAUCGCCAGCUAGCUGUAGAAAUAUUGGCUAGGAUGAUAACAAGUGAUCAUUAUGAAUCUGCCCCUGCUGAGCAGCCAACUGAAAAUAAUGAUGCUAUUGCCCCUACUGAUAUUUCUCCUGUUGCCGAAGAUCCUAAUGGGGGACCACAGCCGAGCACGAGUACUGCACCAUAUGCAACAGGGCAACACGCCAAAAAUAACAAAAGUAAACAAAGCUCAUCAGAAACAUUCAUUAUUACAGAUGAUAAUAGUCAGUGCAGCCAAGAAUCUGGCGAAAUGCAAAAUAUAGAUGAAGAGCCGAAUGAUAUAAUCAACAUCCUACGUGCGCGCAAACACAUAAUUCCGCACAUGGAAAUAAUUAGAGCCCUGUACGAACGAGUGCACGACGAGUCAGCCACUCUGCGCACGCGCGCAAUUGUCAUCCUAAAUGAUUGCCUCAAAAGCAAACUCCAGCCGGUAAUUGAUGCUGUCAAGACGCUGCAGGGCGAGGGCUCGGUGUCGCGCCUGACGGCGGUGGCGGCGCGCGCGGUGUGCGACGAGCGCGCGGCGGUGCGCAAGGCGGGCGCCGGCCUCAUGCUGCAGCUACUGCUGGACCCCGCCAUCGACACGCCGCGCUCCGCAGACCUCACCGUAUUAGUGAAUCUGUGCCGGGAUGCAAGUUUACUAGUUAGACAGGCUGCCAUUAAUGCUAUAGGUGAACUGGUGACAGUAAAACCUAGUGAAUCAGUUAUUGAAGCCUUUCUCACAGGACCUGUGCACCAAGUCAGUGACCCUGAAUCUAAGGUUCAAGAACAGGUGUUGAUUCUUAUCGAAAACGUUCUAAUUGAUAGACUCAAAAAGUUUAACACGUCAGGAUGCGAUCCAUUGCCUUGGUUGAUCCUCGCAGGAAUGGUGAAACAUAAAAUGAAGAUGCACUUGCAAAAAGUCUGUGUUCUGCUUUCUAAGUUUAGGAAGUGCCUCAACCAUCGUCUAGUGGACAUAUUGAGCACACACUUGUCUGCAGUGAACAACGAACGUGACUUGCAGUGUUUGGUACUUUUGACAAGUUUGGCACGACACGUGGAUUACUCAGACGUUGGUUUUGUACUGGAUUACUAUUACAGACUGAUUGGUAUGGACGAGGUCCAAGACGUGCGACUGAUGUCACAGACUCUGGAACUGUUAAACUUAUGGUCUCGGUUUCUGCCGCCUGAAGAUCGCACCUCGCUACGUCAUCACAUCGUGCGCCGUCUUGUUGAAGCCAAGACGAUGGUAACCACCUAA